ACGACAUAUCCGGUCUGACACUUAACCCCGCCUCCAAAUCGCCUUCUGAAGGCUGCAAGUUUCGAUGAGCGAUCAUCCUUCUUGAAUGUUUGCGAAGAUUGUUGUGAAAACAUGAGCGUCAAACUCACGCAAGGGGCUAUUGAGGCCCUGUUCAAUAAAUCAAUGGUGCAAAGUCCAAUUCUGCAGGUUCUAAACAUCCGUGAGUACCCGGCAGGCAAACAAGGCGUCAACAAGUACCGCCUGAACCUGAGCGACGGCGAGCGCAGUUUGUCCUACUUCCUCCUGGGGACGCACUUGAACCACCUGAGAGAAUCCGAGCUCCUGGAGCCAAACUGCGUGUGCGUGCUCAAUAAGACCAUGUUCUCCAACUUGGCCAGCCGUCGUGUCGUGGUGGUGUUGGACAUGGACGUGUUGCAGAGCGCCGCCGAGACGGGAGGGAGGAUCGGCAAUCCCACACAGUUAACCGAUCAAACCCCGGACCAGCAGCAGGCAGAGCCGAGCACUUCUAGGUCUGAUGAAAUUCCCGGACCGUCUGGAUGCGGCCCCGGCGGUGGUGGAAACUAUGGCAUGAAGACUUCCCCCAUGAAGGCGCCUGCCCCCAGGAUGGCGUCCCCUAUGCAGGCCUCACCCAUGAAGGCGCCUGGGAUGGUGUCCCCCAUGCAGGCCUCCCCCAUGAAGGCGCACGGGAUGGCGUCCCCCAUGAAAACCCCUGGGAUGGCGUCCCCCAUGCAGGCCUCCCCCAUGAAGGCGCCUGGGAUGGCGUCCCCCAGGAUGGCGUCCCCCAUGAAAGCGCCUGGGAUGGCAUCCCCCAUGCAGGCCUCCCCCAUGAAGGCGCCUGGGAUGGCGUCCCCUAUGCAGGCCUCCCCCUUGAAGGCGCACGGGAUGGCAUCCCCCAGAAUGACCUCCCCCAUGACCCCUUCGCCAAUGAAGGGGUCUGGGAUGGCGUCCCCCUCUUCCAGUCCCUCCAAGAGUCCAACCAGAAUGACCCCAAUAUACCAACUCAGCCCGUACCUAAGCAAUUGGACCAUCAAAGCCCGAGUAAUCAACAAGUCGGAUAUCCGAAACUGGAGUAACGCCAGAGGGGAGGGAAAGGUCUUCGACUUCGAGGUUGUGGACGAGACUGGAGAAAUCAAGAUUACGGCCUUCAACGAAGAAGUGGACAAGUUUUUCUCGCUGGUGGAGCAAGACAGGGUCUACCUGAUCUCCAAAGGCACGGUGAAGUUGGCCAACAAGCAGUUCACCUCGCUGAAGAACGACUACGCGAUUACGCUGAGCGCCAGCUCGCGCAUCGUGCCCUGUGACGACGACCGCGGCGUGCCCAACCUGCUCUGCCAAUUCGUGCCCAUCUCGCAGUUGGAGGACAAAGAUCCCGACGCCGUCGUCGACGUGAUCGGUGUGUGCGAGGAGGCCGAGGACGUCUCCCUGAUCACCACCAAGGCCGGCAAGCAGCUCAGCAAGAGGGCGCUAACCUUAACCGACUCCAGCGGCAAGAUGGUGACGCUCACGCUGUGGGGGGACCAGGCUCAGAAGUUUAACGCUUCCUGUCACCCGGUGGUGGCCGUCAGAAAGGCUCGCGUGUCGACCUUCGGCGGCCGCUCGCUGAUGGUGUUCUUAAACUCCACGCUGAUUGUCAACCCCGACAUCCCCGAGGCUUUUGCCUUGAGAGACUGGUACAACCAAGUUGGCCACGCCCUCUGCAGUCAGUCCUUGACGGAGGUGCUCUCCGCGAGCGGCGAUUUCAGAACCAACUGGAAGACACUGAGGGACGUCAAGACGGAGCAGUUGGGACACGGUGAAAAGGCGGAUUACUUCAGCUGCGUGGCGACUGUUGUGUUUUGCCGCAAGGAGAACUGCCUGUACCGAGCCUGCCCGGGCGGCUCCUGCCACAAGAAAGUUCACGAGCAGGACGACGGACGCUACCGCUGCGAUAAAUGCGGCAAGGACUACCCCAACUUCAACUACCGUUUUAUGCUCUCUGUAAACCUGGCCGACUUUGGGGACAACAUGUGGGCCACGUGCUUCCAGGAGACGGCCGAGACCUUGCUGGGGAUCAGCGCCGAGCAAUUGGGACAUCUGAAGGACACGGAUGAGAACGCGUUUGACAACGUUUUCGACAAGAUCUACUUCAGCACGCACGUCUUCAGGAACAGAGUCAAGUUGGAGAAUUUCAAUGACGAGUGCCGCGUGAAGGUGACGGUGAUGGAGGUCCUCCCCGCCGACCAGCGGCAGCACAGCCGUAGGCUACUGAACGCCAUCCGCGAGCUGGCAGCCCCGCUAAUUGACAUCGACGCCUAGCCGGCCAGCACGGUUUUCUUUUUUCAUGAUUCUUCUUUUGAAAAAUGCGUCAACUUUCUUUGCUGAGCUGUCGACGCGGACGCUCGUUGCGCGUGUGAGAGAACCGCUCUGCACCGUUUCCUCGCAGACGCCGUUUUUGUCGAAGUGAGACCCCAAAGUUUUGUGCAGUUUUUUCUUUGCAACGGGCAGCCCCUAUCUGACAGGAAACUUCACGACGCCCCGACUUGAACUUUGCCAGCGGCUGAAAAAGUGCUUCGCAAACUCUUUUCUUUCAAAUGUGCACUUUUGCUUGCUCUACUCGGCCUUAGAAAAAUAUGUGCCUGCGCUGAGUAUGCACUAAAGUAGUACACGCGUAGUACUUGUAAAGGCGCCAGUCCAUCUGUCCCACAGACCUGAAACCGGGCUUGGGUACUUACUCUUGGCUGGUGUCUGAAGUGUUUGAAAAAUGUCCGCGGACAUGUCCAGAUGGAAAAGCAGCAGCUAAGUUCCUCUGGCACCGCCGACUUCCCUGCACCUGGAAAAGUCAUCACGGUGCCAGGAUGUUUCCUGGAGUUUGGCUAAAACGCGUGCGCACACACUAAAAUCAUAAAAAUAAUCAAUGCUCCAUGUGUAAACUAUUUUGGGUUACUGUAUUUCAGCAAACUUUUCAUCUCCGUGUACUUUGUCGGCAAUCUUAGGCCACAAAAUAAAAAUAAUGGUUGAGUUGGAGGAAAAAUCUUA